UUUAAUAUGGGCGCUUCUAAGUCUUGUAAUCAAUACAGAUCUAACGAAAUCAGUUAAAGUGAUAUGGAAUAACUUGGUAUUCGUAGCGAAUAAAUUAACAAGAUUAGCAAUCUGCUAAAUGAAUUUGAGACCUUCCAAGUGAUCAAGAAGACGUCAUAUUCAUUUAUCUAGGAUGCUACCUUCAGGAACGGAAGAGUCAUCGCUAAGAAAUUGAUCAACACACAAGGAACAGUGAAACCUAUCAACUUGUAAUUAUUGCAAUAAGUAAAUAAUGAAUUGGAAUCGCUGAAAGCACUUGCACUUAAAUAGGAUAGAUGCGAGAUUGAAAAAUCAAUGAAAUUCAGAUGUGGCUUAGAAUUAGGAGAUAAAUUCCCAAAAAGUAAAUUCCGCAUGCUUCUCAAGGAAGAAGCUCAAACAAUAAAAUUUAAGGAGAACACUUACACUCUAAUAAGGUCUUGGGGCAAAGGGGAAUAGAUGGUUAAUUUCCAAAAUGCAAUAGAGUUGGUUGAGUCCUUCAAAGAUGUUCAGAUUGAAUUGAUCGGCCUGACCAGAGGUAAUAAGGAACAGCAAUCUGUGUAUGAAGAAGUAGUGAGAUCCAAUCCAGGAUGGCAACAGCAUCCACACAUCUACUUACUUGCAGAAGAACCAGAGAAUCGCUUCUUAGAUAUCUUCUAUCAGGAGCAAUCCAACGAUAUUGAGGAAGGAUACUUAGCAAGCGCUUUAUUGUUUUACGGCGAGAUUUUGAUGUGGAAAAGGUAUACACAUGAAUGUGUUACAUAUGCUGAUUCUGACUAGGUGGCUUAGGAAGUAACAGAUCACAUAAACUAUGGAGUCACACAAUAUCUAGGAGUUAAAGAGAUGAAACAACAAUUCAUUAUAACCAAAUAAUAAUACUAGUACUUGAAGAAGUUCAUAAUGCAGUAGUAGAAACAACAGCAAUUCACCAGAGGAUUGGAAGUCACCAUCAAUAAAAAGACACUCUAUGACAAGAAUAAUAAACUAGUUAUUUGUGAGAGACCCUUUAUUUAAGUGGAAUGCUCACCGAAAUCACAAUCGAUUACAGAGGUUUUCAUCAAACCUCUCUAAUAAAAGCCUGUAGUUUGGGACAUUUAGAUUUUGAAGAAAGUACUAACUCAAAAAAUUAGAGAAUAUAAUCUUAAGAUUUAAGUGUACUUAGAAAAACAGAUUAAAAUUUCAAUCAAUUAUGAAAACAACCUGAUUCAGAUUCCUAAUUGGGAAUUGGCCACACUCACCCCAUAUUACAAGUCUACACAAUAUAUCUCGUAAGUCAAGUAAUGGAUAGAUGCUCGAGAUCGCAUACUUAGCUAAGUCCAAGAUUCCCAAGAUCCUGUUCUGCAGAGGGUAAACAAGAUGAUUUAUCAAUUUUUCGAUAAUAUACCAACUGUUGAAAAAGUACUUAAUUAACAAUAUUACAAAAUCCCAUAUGUUGAAAAGUAUAAACCUCCUUAUUAAGAGAUGUCAGAGUCCAAGAGUAUGGGAAAUGAGGAGAUCGCCAGAAAGUAAGAUUAAAUAUUAUUCAUCUUAUUGAUUGAUUAUGGGAUUGAUGACACUGUUAAAAUGUUGGAGGACUUAAUCAAAUACAAGAAUAAGAAUUCGGUCUAAUUGUAGAUUGCUGUAUUAGGACACAUCAGAGCAGAAUCUUGGACCAGCUUGUUUUAGGAUUUCUUGAAGAAAAAUAAAUUGAAUAAAUAUGUGGAGGAAGGCAUUAUUGAAAUUUGGUUUCCAGUGGAAAAUAAGAUAGGAUCUAUUUCAUUUAGUGCAAUUCUUAGUAAGAUUUAUGGGAUGUGUUUGGAAAGAAGAGAUUGUAUGUUAGUAGAUUUGGAUGAUCAAGUUCGUGUUAUUGAUUCAAGCUGGCGAAUAGUUCCUAAAAUUUCUUAGAUUAUGAAAGAUCUACAACAAAAGAAUUUUGUUUAAGAGAACGAAUUUAUGUAUCAAUAUAUUGUAAUUUUCUAGAAACUAUUCCUGUUAAUAUUAACUAUUUAAAAAAUCCAUUCGAGACAAUCCUUAAUUGUUGUUUUUGACUCAAAAGAUCAAAGAGCAAUGCAAAGAAGAUGAAUGUUUGAUUGUGUAUGAACAAAGAAAAGCUAAAAUUUGGGAUUUUGAAGAUGCAGUUGUAAAUGAAACUAAAAAAUAUUACUAACCUACUAAGAUUUUGAGAUUGAUACCGAAAACAUCUGAAAUGUUCGAACUCACUAAUAUUAUUGAACAUUAAAAUUUCCUAUAAAUGAAGUGA